AUGAAUAAUUGCUUACUUUUCGUAGCUGUUCUGCUCUUCCUCAACCCGCAACGCUACCGAGACCCUCUCCUACGUGUGGCAGAAGCGGCAUUAUCCCCCUACGAGGAGCUCAGGACCAAACCACCCCUCUCUGCGCUCGUCGACGACGACGUCGGCAGCCGGCGUUAUAUGAGCUGCUGGAAAACAACUUCAUUUGCCGUGAUUUGCGUCUACGGAGGGCAGUGGAGUCGGCGCACAGCUCGUCGAACACAACUAGGGAUGAACGCGACUAGCACUCGCGAAGUUACUAAUUCAACGGCUUGGUGUCCUUCCACAUCCUCAAACCCUUUCUCCGCCCACUCCUAUAUGUUCCUCUCUACCGACAUAUGA